AUCAUAUCUCACAACAUCAAUGCGAAAGAUGGGGCUCCUCCCUCUUGAUUUGUUCCCAGCUAUCAAGUUCAGUAGUCCUGGCUUGAUAGAAGGUCGGCCAAUCACGACUCUGGGAUAUAUCUUUUCCUUAUGAAUACCUACUCCCUGAUCGACGACAGGCAGUCCGACAUCUAUAUAACUACACCUCCGACGGUAUCAAGUGCACAAUCAGACAGUCGCCUCUCACCUUUCCUCCCCCUUCUCACCGCAUUUAUCAUGGAAUUCUCGCGCCGUGACUCCGCUUCGGCGACCAGCCAGGACCUGCACAAAGACAACGUCAAGUCGACUCCCCUCACGGGCAUAAACUCGGUCUCCCCAGGCGAGAUGGCCGAAGUCAGCCGCAUGCCUGAGUCCCUCCGUGAGCUCGGCGCCGACGAGGUGGCGUGCCUCAAUAAGAAGCUCGUCCGCAAGAUGGACUUGGUCAUCCUGCCAAUCAUCGGCAUCCUGUAUAUCCUCAACUACAUCGACCGGCAGAACUUGUCGGCCGCCAAGCUGCAAGGCAUCACCAAUGACCUCCACAUGACCACCCAAGAAUUCGCCACUGCCAUCUCCAUCCUCUUCGUCGGCUACUUGCCUUUCCAGAUCCCAUCCAACCUGCUCAUCACCAAGAUCCCUCGCCCCGGGUUGUAUAUUUGUACCGCGACUGUCAUCUGGGGCAGCAUCUCGGCUGCGACAGCAGCUGUACAGAGUUAUGGCCAGCUACUCGCCGUUCGCAUCAUCCUCGGCGUCGUCGAAGCAGUCUUCUUCCCAGGCGCCGUUUACUUCCUCUCAACCUGGUACACCAAGAAAGAGCUCGGCAAGCGUCUCGCAGGCCUCUACAUCGCGCAGCAAGUCGGCAACGCCUUCGGCGGUCUCUUCGCAGCCGCCAUCUUUCAGCUCGAUGGCGCACACGGCAUCGCAGGCUGGCGCUGGCUCUUCAUCAUCGAAGGGUCCGCCACCGUUGGCAUAGGCUCGAUCUGUGCUUUCUUCAUGCCCGAGUACCCCCACAAUGCCCGCAUGCUGACCCAGUUCGAGAAGGAUCUUGCUGUAUGGCGCAUCGAGUCCGAGGCGGGCGCUGCUGAGGGGACUGAGAAUGAGAAGGUGCUGAAAUCUUUCGUACAGGCGCUUGCAGACCCCAAGCUCGUCCUGCUCAUCUUCUGCAACAUGAUGUCCCAGGCCCAGGGCUCCAUUGCCAACUACUUCCCCACGCUCGUCGCAUCUCUUGGCUACUCCAAAACCAUCUCAUUGUUGCUGACCGCACCGCCAUACAUCCUCGCCGGCUUCGUAUACUACGGCAUCACCUUCUACUCGGAUCGCAAGAACACCGUGUACCGGAUCAUUAUGUGCUGCAUCGCGAUCGCGUGCACGAUGUACAUCAUCCCCAUGGCCACCACCAACGUCGGCGCCAGGUAUUUCUCCAUGAUGGUUCUGCCUUUCUCCUCGGUUGGCCCGCAAAUCCUGCUAUACAAGACCAUCAACCUUCACUUGGCGCGGCCGACAGCUAAGAGAGCAGCGGCCUCUGCCCUAGUCAACUGCAUCGGCGGAACGGUCAAUAUCUGGGCCUCUUAUCUGUACUAUGCACCACCUCGGUUCUUCGCAGCUAUGGGCACGCUCAUGGGGUGCGCUGUCUUGUUUGCAUGCACGCUGACGUUCUACCGCUGGUUCGUCAGGCGCGAGAACAAACGCCUUGAUUCCAAAAACCCGGUUGAGAUCGCAAAGGUCAUUAAGGGAGGCGUUACACAGGAGAUGGUGGACUUGGGCUGGCGUUAUGAAAUGUACUGAUGAUACUGGAGGUUGCUUGAACGUUGUUUUUUGUUCUCGUUUUUUGCAAGAUGUUUUCGGACGAUAGAUAAUAAGAAUGGCGCAAGAUUCACAGGAGCCUCAGACGAGAGAAUUAAUUUAGGGCUCAAAUAUAGCAGACGGGAUGGGAUAUUGUUCUCUUCGUUUGUAACAAUAAUAAAUUGAUUCCUGCAAGUUAUAUCAUACCUUUUGCG